AGCCGUUAUUCGGCUUCCACAAACAAAAACCUUUUAGACUCCGCUGAGAACAAGGAUUGCUUUUGCUUGCUUGGCCAUGGCGAUGUCUUUCCUACCAAACAGACUCCAUCACCAUCCGACACAUGUGCUACCCAAUCCACCACAGAUCUUAAGUCCUCGCCUGAGUUUCUUCUCCCUCGGUCUCGGACGAUGCAACAACAGCAUCAGAGUCAAAAUCCCACCAAGGCAAAGCCGACUUAACAUGCUCCAAAUUGCAGCCUCUUCAUUGUCUGGAAUUGAAUCUUCUGGUUUCCCUGGUGAAGAUAUAACAGUGUUUGAUUUGAAUGGGAAUGGAAUCCCAAUUUCUGAUUUAUGGAAAGACCGUAAAGCCGUGGUUGCAUUUGCUCGGCACUUCGGAUGCGUCCUUUGCCGCAAAAGGGCUGAUUAUCUGGCCUCCAAGAAGGAUGUAAUGGAUGCAUCUGGUGUGUCUCUGGUUUUAGUUGGACCUGGUAGUAUUGAUCAGGCAAAAGCAUUCUAUGAGCAAACAAAGUUUGAAGGAGAAAUUUAUGCGGAUCCCUCCCAUGCAUCAUAUAGGGCUCUGAGAUUUGUUUCUGGGGUUUCAACUACAUUUACACCCAAAGCAGGUUUGAAGAUUAUAAAGUCAUAUAUGGAAGGGUAUCGACAAGACUGGAAGCUUUCAUUUGAGAGGGACACUGUUGCUAGAGGUGGUUGGUAUGUAGACGAGGUGGUUGCAGCAAGGUGGAAUAAUUAUUGCCGGUCCUGGUCAAAGCAACAUCUCCUACGUCCACAGGUAGGAUAGAGAGGCAGGGGAUGAUCCAGAUAUUGAAGAGAUUCUCAAAGCAUGUUGCUUGUGAAGAAAAUGUUGCAUCUCUUAUGCUUUUGCUAUAGGCUGAUUUUUUUUUUUUUUUUUUCAACGAAUAAGAUUCACUGUUAUAAAGACUGCAUCGGAAUAAUUUUGUAUACUUUUGUUUUAGUGGCCUUUUCCUGAUGGGUUAUGGUGAACAUUGUAGGGCUAGUUACCUUUUGUUUCUUAUUUAUGUCCAUUGGAUUUUGAUCUUGUUGGAUAUUGGUAAACUGUAAUGGGUCUAUUUUGGGCACAAUUAAAUGUGGGAUACAAAUGAUCUUUCGGGGUUUGUGGGGUUUUGACA